AUGAGCUCACGCGUAUUUUUCAAGUCAGCCACGUACGAUCCGUCAACAGAACUUCCUCUUUAUGUUCUUGACACCACACUUUUCCCCUCUUUGUCCAAUGAACGCCAGAUAGCGCAAUUAGCGGAACGAAUCGUUUCCCAGAUGCCGGCAGAAGAUCACUGCUUGGCUCUUUUAGCUGGAGGGUUCUGUGAUUACGAUAACGACCAGGCCACUUCAUUCAAAGUGCCAUUGAACCUGGUCAAGCUGUUCAACCUCAUUCCAUCACAAAAUAAAAGAUAUCUCUACAAGGUGUACUUGGUACACGGAAGUAACUGGAUCGUGAAGUCUGUUGUAGACUUCUUCAAAAGGUUUUGGAAUUUCACGAGGCAGAUCGUCUAUUGUGAGAAUCUGUCCAUCUUGGCCCAACAUAUCGAUAUCACCAAGAUUCCCAUUUCCCUCACCUGCUACCUUGUGGAUAAAAUUGUAUACAGCAACGACCGCAUCGUUCUCAAUAGACAAUUCCCAAAAAUAUAUGGAGUGCCAUUGAACCUGUCGCAUGGGUUGGCAUUCAAACAGUUCUCGAAAGUUUACAACAAUCUUCUCUCAUACAUGACAACCAAGCAUCUGGAUAAACAAUUAACGCCGGAAGAAUGGGUGAUGUUGAUUAAGGGUGGACAGUUGAAGCACGAAACUCUUGUUGCUGUCGAGAUAUUUAGCGACGCUCUCAGCCGUGACCAGCGGCUGUGUUUGUCCGAUUUCUCGUUCCUGGAGCAUUAUCUCAUCCUUGAGAAAUUCAUUGCUCAGCUGAGCGAAUCUGACCAGCCACUUGUUCCUCUGGAUGUACUCACCAAGUACAAUUACGACUUUUCACGGCUGGAAGAUUUGAACACAGCUCUUGGUGAGUUAUUGUCUUUCAAGUAUCCUGUCUCCAAAAGACCGGUUUUGAAGUCUCUUAACAAUUCAACUCCGAUAUUGAACGUCCAGCGUCUCAAUUACGACAAUAGCUAUAUUUUGGUGAAGCUGUUAGUGCUUAUGCAGCGUCUAGCCGUCAAAUUGUCCCAUGAAGAAACCGAGCCUCAAGCAAAAAACAUUUCGCAGAUGAAAGAGAGACAGAAUCUGCGGUUGAUUUUGUCUUUCACGAAAAUCUUGUACAACGAGCGGCCCCACCAAGAGCUCGACAAUGGGUUUGACUCAUUAUUCAAAUUCCUGUGCUCGCUUUUCCGCAAUUACGAUAAGGUGCUUGUGAACGGACAUCAGUUGAGAGAUUUUGAGAACCUAAUCAGCAUGGAUGACAUUUUGGACUUUGAGAAGAAAGAGGUCACAGAUAGUCCAAUGGAGCGAAAGAUAAGAUAUAAAGUGCGCAAAGUCGAGCCACCAACGCCUCCGGUGGCUCGCAAAACCAAGGAUCGGAAGCCGGAAAUAGAGGUGGAUGAACAAUUUGAAGAUUUCGUUUUCGAGUCCGGAAAACAGAAAGUCUCGGAUAAGCUGCGAAAUGAGCUUCUGAGGCCUUCUGAGCAGCUGACCUCUAAACUGGUAAAAUACACAGAAAAAGAUCUGUUGUUUCAGCAGAGCCAGCAAAAGACUAGAGAUGCCACUGGCACGUUUCGUGUCGCUCGCGGACGCAACGUCAGUCGGCUAACACAAUUAUACGAACAGAAAUUACUAGAAACUAUUUGA